AUGCUCUCUCGUUCCGUCACGCCACGCGCUCUCCGAGCUGCCCAGCGAGGCUAUGCCAGCGCUUCCUCGGCAUCGCUCAACUACACGGUUUCGGAAGCUUCGGGCUUGAAGGUCGCCAGCAGAGAUCUUGCAGGCCCAGUCACCACACUCGCAAUCGUAUCGAAGGCUGGUACCAGAUAUCAAUCUGCACCUGGUCUCACCGAGGGUCUUAACCGCUACGCGUUCAAGUCCACUGAGAACCGCUCAACACUUCGGAUACAGCGCGAGUCUGAGCUUCUCGGUGCUGAGCUCUUCUCGACGCACACACGCGAAGGCCUCAUCGUCGGCGCCAAGUUCCUUCGCGACGACCUCCCAUACUUUGUUGAACUGCUUGCCGAGGUUGCUACGCAGACCAAAUACCAGCCACAUGUUUUCCAUGAGGAGAUCUUCCCUCUGCUCGAACUCAGCCACAAAAAACAGCUUGCAGACACUCUAGCUUUGGCUGUCGAUAGUGCACAUGGUUUGGCGUUUCACCGUGGUCUGGGAGAGUCCCUCUACCCGACCUCAUCCGUCUACAAGAAAUACUUGAACGCCGAGUCACUGCAAGAGUUCGCUGCCUCUGCGUAUGCCAAGCCAUCAUUUGCUAUCGUCGCCAACGGUGCCGACCAUGGUGAACUCAGCAAGUGGACCGGUGAAUUUUUUGGCGGCAUCCCGGCACAGCCUGCGCAAGAGCUCUCUUCCACGCAAUCCAAAUACUUCGGUGGUGAGGAGCGCAUCGCUCACGCAUCGGGCAACUCUCUUGUCUUGGCUUUUCCGGGAUCCAGCGCUCCCACCGGUUCCAGCUACAAGCCCGAGGUCUCCAUCCUUGCCGAGCUCCUCGGUGGUGUAUCAUCCAUCAAGUGGUCUACCGGAUUCUCUCUGCUCGCCAAAGCCGUCGAGGGCACGCCCGCUCUCCGUGUCGACACCAAGUCCAACAUCUACAGCGAUGCCGGGCUCUUGACCAUCACUCUUCACGGAGCCGCGGCCGACAUCCGUUCGGGCGCCAGCAAAGUUGUGGAGGCGUUGAAGGGCGUUGCCCAGAACCUCAGCAAGGAGGACUUCCAGAAGGCGAAAGCCCUCGCGAAAUUCAAGGAGUUCGAGUACGCUUCUGGUAACCAGGCUGGCGUCGCUCUCACUGGCGCCGGCGUUGUUCGUGAUGGCAAGCCUUACCAAACUGAGGAUGUUGCAUCUGCCAUUGACAGCUCAAGCAUUGAGAAGGUCAAGGCAUACGCCAAAGAAAUUUUGGAAAACAAGGCAUCCGUCAGCGCAGUGGGCGACCUUUACGUGCUUCCUUACGCAGAGGAGCUUGGCCUGACCGUGUAAAUAUUCUAUCGAUAGAGUCUUUUGUUGCUCAUUUUGGCGCAUAUACUACGCUGUACCAAUAUAAAGCCCUCACAAAAGCAGAUGACGGAAUUACUUGGGCCAAAUACAUGUUUUGUCACAGAUUUCGGCAAAUGACGCGACGCUUUGCGCGACUUGCAAAGUCCAGAGCGCAUCACAUUUCUCCAUACAUCGUCUCUCCCUGUAAGAGCGAUACAUGCUACGAGACGUAACGUACUGUGGUAGAACGAAAACUUUUCGUAUUGUUAUGUAGAGAUCUCCCUUCAAACUUGACAUCCUGCC